AUGGUUACAAUUGAAGCCCGGAUCGUUAAUGUCCUCACUGUUGGCUCCGGCCUGUCCUACGUUGUUCAAGAAGCCAUAGACCGUAUUGGAGGCGAGAGUCAGCCAUGCAUUGCCUUUUCCGUUGAACGCUCUGACUUUGAGAACCCGUAUCUUCGUCCCGAUGCCGAAGAACUAGAUGCAAUAACCGCUGCGCAAUUCGUAAAGCAGAAGUUUGGAACCGAAUUGGCACAGCUACUGGUAACAAGCGCGAUUCGAAGUGUCAUUGGGGUUGAGCCAGACAAACUCAGGGCGCUAUUCUUUGUGGAUGAUCUAAGCAGUGCCACUGGCUCGAUGAACAUCAUUUCUGAUACCGCUGGUGGAGGGCAAUACCUUACAAACCGACGAGUAAAACUAGCGGCAGCACUGAACCCUGACAGCAUCAAGCUUUCUGAAGCCGUCACAAAAAUCAUCCAGACCGAUGAUGACUGCAUUGUUAAGACCCACAAGGGAGAACGAUACGGCUCUAAGAAGUCAUCAUCCCGGUUCCCACACCUUUUUAACUGUUUCCAGUGUCCUCGGUCUCUGCUUUACCUACUGUCGCAAACGAAUUACCACAACAGUUGUUACCAAUCUACCUUUUGGGUGGAUUAUUAGGUUUCAGUCUCCCUUGUUCGUCUCACCCACACAUUACACAUAUCUUGAUGGUUGUG